AUGUUGGCUCACCUCAAAAAGAAGAUGGCACGGUCGAAUACGUGUGCUGCAUCAUCAUCAUCAUAUGCCACCAGCUACCGCUGGUGUUAUGUUGAGCAGGUGGACCAGGCCGAGCCCCUAGCAAACAGGAGCAACGGGUGGCGUUAUAUGGGGCCUCGAGGUGUCACCUACCGACGGCAGGCCGUCUUCGGGACAGGGUAUAGGAUUCGUAUAUCCUUCCCUUCAUCAGCGGGACCAGGACACCAGUGGUUCAACUCGCACCCCCUCGGAGGAGACCCCAAUCUGUACAAUUUUCAAACUUGGGCGAGGACGGUGCUUCGAAGAGGCAUGGUCCACCCGCGUGACGCCGUGCUGGUUGUGUCAGCGGCCGACGAGACCUGGCGAGUGAUCCUCUGCUGGGCAUCAGCUGGCAGGGAGAUCGAAGUCAACACCCAGGGCAUCCCGAUCUCUCUUGUGGACCUCCAGGUCCGUUCUGGUGUCGACUCACAGAGCCCUCUUUUCAGACCACUUACCAUAGCGACCUUCGGGCACAGAGUUGUGAGAUAUGCUCCCAUCACCGCGUUCCGCAAGAAAUGGCAAGAACAGCUCCCUGGAGCCUGUCUCGUUGUGCUCGUCGCCGACGCUUGGCGCGACAGUCAAGUCGACCUGCUAACACGGGAGAGGAGAAGGUUUGGAUUCCGAGAUGUAGAUCCCACGGGUGCGUUCAUGAUCUCAUCUGGCGGUGGUAGACCAACAAAUGGUGCGCCUGUACCAAACAAGAACUACUUCCGCAACCUGUACUCCAUCCUUCUGGAGCGAGACAUCGGGGAAAUAGAGUUCGACACAUGGUGGCUCUGUAUGACCAAGGCCAGCGUCGUCGUAUGGUCACACCGGGGUACUGGCGCCGACGUUCUUGGACCAUCCGACGGGAAAACUAGUCUCCGACCCUCCGCAUUACACGUCGGCGUUCGUGAGGGACAUGUGUACCACCUGGUGCUCGGGGGGGCUUGGAGAGACGGGUUUGGUUCGUCUCUCGACGUGGCAGUCGAACACGGUGUACGAACAUACCGGAAAUUCCGUCGAACUUCUCAGAUGACUGAGGAAGAAGGGGAAACAGAUACGGCUGGUUGUGGCACCAAGAGCUUCUCGUGUGUCGCUGACAUUGUGAGUGAUAUCAUGGCCAUCAGCCAAACAGAGGGGGACCGCAACCGACAGCCAGUACAGAAGCGGAAGCAUAGGGGGAAAACAUCAGAAUUCAAGACAUGGUACGCGCCCCCGGGAACGGCUCUGGAUGAGCUGAUGCACCAACUGCACCUCGCCUGGGUCUCUUGCAGGGGUAGACUCACCAACUACAGUCGCUGGUACUCCCUGUCCUUACCAGCGCACGGCAUAUUCAUCCGAACCUGGUGCAGCUCGAGCAUGGAGGGCGCGUCCGAGAGUUCCUACGGGAGGGAAGACUGGCAGUGUGACAUCAACGGGGCCCACACGGCGACUCUAAUGAGUAUGGAAACGGUGCCCGUUUUCGGCCACAUGGAUGAGCUGGACGCACUCGACGAACCCGACGUAUUCCUCAACGCGGAUGUGACCCUAGUCUUCGGUCAAAGUUACAAGCGUUACCUCGACCUCAUUGACACCGCUGCUUGCCAUAGAGUUACCCACUUCGUGCGGCCGUCGAGGACCGUCGGCAGGUGCCACAUACCCAAACUUGUCAGAGACCUAUGCGCGCAUGAACUGGGUGAACCCCUUCUAGAGGAUCCUGAUCGUGCCCGCAAGUUUAAGAAAGGGAUAUUCGUGCGGGCCAGUGGCAUGUUGCAGCAGAGAUACGCAGACAGGAUAGAUGAAGACAUGGUCACGGGCUGUGACCAGGCGUCGGCGGAGGGCGGAAAGAUCGUUCCUGUCCUGGAGAGCCUUGGUAUGGAGCCACUUCAAACCGGUGAUGCAUACCUUUGUUUGGACGCGGAACGGGCCUGGUAUAGAGAUGGUUUGUGGGCGCUAGGAGCGCUCAUCCUCGACGAAACUCGAAUACGAGUAUUGGAGGCAAGGAACGCCCUCGAAUGUUGCGGCGCAUCUGAUUUCAGCUACCAGUGUGACGCGGUAUUCUUCAGGGGAUCUUCGUCGGUGCAAAAAAAGAAGACUCUCCAUUUCAAGCACUUCGUGGUGAAGCGAUCGCUAGACGCGUUACCUCCGGCAAUGAGGAAAAUUCCUUACCCACGACAACCCCCGCUUUUAGUGAUCCCCCUGUGGGAUGGCAACGGGACCAGCUUCAGCUCGAUGAAAGACGUGCGCGAUGCCUGGCAUCGUCUCGGCAAGAACACCAAGCGCCAUCUCUGGCCCGCAAUAUGCGAGGCCGAGUCACCAUCGAAACUAGAAGGACUAGUCUUGACCCCCACCAACAGCCUGCGCACGUCCUACAUAAAUCUUCCAUCCGGGUGGAGUAUCCGAACGCCCAAGGUCGACGUAUUCAUCAUCGAAGAAGCUGCUUCUAUGCCUCUCCGGACCCUCAGCAUGAUCCUGGCAGCUGCCAGCAGCAGCGGUACCCACGUGAUCGGGACGUACGACACGCACCAACUCCAGCCCAUUUGCGAUAGCAGCGGCAUGGCGAUUAGCAUGGACAACGUGGAGAGGAAGAUGGACGACGGUCUCUGGUACAGUCUGGCCGCAGAAAACGACAGUCUCGACGCGCAGGCACGUGCCAUCGAGAGGUUCGGUAGUGAGUGUCUCGACGACCCUAGCCCUUCAGACUUUCAUCUCACGUACACAAUAGAUUACGCUCGAUUCCACGCCUUCCGAGGUUUGCUGGGGUGUAGCGAAGCGGGGGACUGGGAUGGGCUGGGGUGUCAGACGGUUGUCGGUGCGCAAUACCGGGACCUCGGGAACCCGGGCAAGGUUCACAAGAAUCACAUGUACAAUGUCAUCCGAUCCUCGGCAGAUACCGUCGUCGUCGCGAGUGUAUUUGACGAUGGUGCUAGUCUUGAGGAAACUUCACUCUGUCGCGCGGAGACAGAAAAUUUGUUCGACCCUCCAGGAGCAUGCGCCGUGCACGCCGUCCAAGGCCGUACAGUGGAAGGGAGGUUGAUAAUACAUCAGGCGCGGCACUUUAACGCUGACGUCCACAGGCUGUACACGGCUUUAAGUCGAGCGACCGGACCCUCGAACGUCAGGGUCAUCGACGAUGUUCACCGCAGCGAGAACAACAUGUCCGACCGAGAGAGGGUAUCGUGGGUUUCUCGGAAGGUUUCAAGCUACAUCUACGCCGACGUUACGGCCGGGCGUCUUAGAGCAGACGAGGGUGGACGGCACAGAGAAACUCUCGUCCAAGAACUUCACCGCUCCUAUGGGGGGAGAGAACGCCAACCGACUCUCGACCGUCUUGACUGUGCUUUGCCCCACACGAUCGAAAAUGUUGACGUUAAGUGUCCAAAGUGCAACAGAGCAAGGGAAGCGUAG